AUGGAGUGGAAGAAGGGGGUCUCCAUAGACCCGUUUAAAAAUUUCACGAGUAAGAACACAACAGAGGCAAGCAACAUUCACAACAACAACAACAACAAUAACAAUAAUAAUAAUAAUAACAUAUCAAAUCACAUUCCGGGAAAUCCCCAUAAAAAUAUGGGAGGUUCCGUGCCAGGUCACUGCUCAUUUCAGCUAUCCGGGAUAAUGUUUUCCGCAGAUACGUACCCAAAAUCAACAUGGAGUCCCCAUCCACCCCACUACACUUCUGAAGAUAUAGCAGAAUGCCAUUUAAAGUGCCUAAUUGGUUUUAGAAUUCGAAAUUUUUUAAAAAUUUAA